ACCUUUCGAAGUUGUUAAAUCCAAUGCUAUAAUAAUUUACAUUUAUGGCAAAUUUUGCUGUGUGUUUGUAGUUACAGCCACCCUGUGAGUCGGUGGGUGGGUGAUCAGUUAAAUACUGUUGAUUUAGAAUGCUGGGAUCUCAGGAUCAGAAAGAGACUUUAAAAGGGACAGCUUUUUGUCCAGUUCAUUGGAUGCCUGUCUCCUCAGCAAGCCAGCUCCUCUAACGGUGGCCGCUGUGAUUGACGUGUGAUGGGGCGCUUGCUACCUCUUGAGGCAGCCCAUCCCGUCUUAAGUAGAUGAGGAUGCUAAAGACAGUAAGCAGACGGCCUGGUGUCCUGAAGCUGGCGUGCUUUGUAAUCCCGCUCCGCAGAGGCACCUAGCCUCCGUGAGGCAACACAAGUCCGGAGUUCCCAAUAACCAGUAUGCUUUUGACCUCACACCUGGUGGGUCCUGCCAACGCGACGGUCCCGGCGGCCGAGCUCCCAUGAAGCCAGCGCAUUAUGUACAGCGUAGAGGACCUCCUGAUUUCUCAUGGAUACAAGCUGUCAAGAGGCAUCCAGGCGCCACACGACGGUGACCGCGAGGGCCGCCGGCACGCCAGGCCCCGCGCGCGAGCUGGCCAGGGCCUGCUGAAUGGGUGCGAGGAUGGCCCCGCGGGUCCCCCCCCCAGUAAGCCGUCCCCAGGGAAGGGCCACGUGAGUGCCUCGGAAGACAGCCACCACCUACGGAGAGCCCUCGGGGAGCCCCAGAGCUCUUCUGCUUCUAGAGCUCGUGAGGCGGGGUUUUAUCAUCAGCCCGUGCUGAGGUGGUCCUCUCAGCCCCAGACCGCUCACGACCACGCCUACUGGAGAAGAAAAGGACAGGAGGUCGGUGGCUUGCUGGGGCCAAGGGCCCGAGAAGACCCAGAGGUCAGAGGGAUGGCCCAAGCCCACAGUCUGCCCGUUCACACGAGGGAGGGCCCAUGGGAAGUUGGAGGAAGGACAGAGAACGUGAUGAAGAAGGCAGUUUGGGAAGAAGAGCUGAGAAUGGCAGGACCUGCCAAAUGGCAGAAUAUAAGCCUGGAGAGCUGGAACCAGCCAAGGAAACUAGGGAGGCAAAUGUCUGAUGGUGAUGGGGAGAGACUGUUUCAAGAUCUGUACCCAUUUGUGCAAGGAGAACAUGUGCUGAAUUCCCAAAGCAAAGGGAAAUCCCAGUCAUUGCCCAGGGUUCUUUCCCCCGAGGGCCUGAGUUGCAUGGAAAUUCCCAUUCCAUUAAAUGAUGGACAUUUUCAAGGUGUUCCUAAAAUGCCAUUUUAUCCCCCAAAUUGUGCGCCAAAUUUGGAAUCCAAAAGGAACCCCGAGAAGGGGGGUUCCUCGGUCCCUUUCCCCCGGCCUAAGUUUGGGAGACCCCUCAAGCCUCCACCUUACGACUCCCACCAACACUCCAGGGCGGGCGUGGAGGCCAGUGACUCUCUGGACAGUCAGCAGGCGGACUUGUGCGUCUCCUACUUGACCAAAUCCAGCGAGCCCCGGCUGGAGCUGUGCGCGCCCGACUCUAGUUUGGAGCCUCCCGUGUACGUGCCUCCGCCAUCGUACAGGUCGCCGCCCCAGCACAUCGCAAACCCCUACGUGGAGGACACAGUGCCUGGGCCCGUGUGUGGUCCCCGUCAGCGGCAGCAUCCGUUGGAGCCGGCCGGUCCCCCUGGCACCGGGAAUGAGUAUGGUGCAAGCCCACACUCUCCUCGCGGGGUCCCUCAGCAGCCCCGGCCGACCACCGCGUACGAUGGCUCCGUUCUGUAUAUUCCCUUUGACGACCCACGGAUACGGCAUUUCAAACUGGCCCGCCCCCGGGGUUUCUGUCAAGAAACAACAGCCAACGAGAAGUCCUACAACUCUAGUCCCAGCACUGCCCUGGCCCCUGCUCAUGGAAACGGUCAACAAGAUGGUGCCGUUUUGAGCCCACAGAGUGUGAGAACCUCGCCGGGGGGUGUGAGUGGCCCGGCCACUGCCGAUCCCAGUCCCUGGUGGCUGUGGGACCAGCUCCCCAGGGAUGUGGAAAAUGGCGCUCCUGACCAAAGAGCCCACGGUGCCGUGGGGGGACAGUGGCCUGCCCUGGACAGCGGCCAGGGCGGGCACACAGAAGGCCUCGUCUCCCCCCCAAGCCCGCAGGGCGAGAGUACCUGUGAAACUCGAACCAAGCUCAAGAAGUUCGAAACUGGGAUUCGGACCAAGAAAAGUUCAAAGAAGAAAAUGAACGAGACAAUAUUUUGUUUGGUUUCCAUCCCAGUUAAAUCAGAAUCACAUCUGCCAGAUAUAGAUACGAACAACAAUGACUUAAAACAGGGCACUGAUAAAAGGAAUGGGCUUGAUAAGAGCGCAGCUUUGCAGGAACAAAGUCUGCUGAGCAUGUCUUCCACCGACCUGGAGCUGCAGGCACUCACAGGAAGCAUGGUGGGGAGAACAGAGUUCCAGAAACAAGAUCUGGGGGAACCAGAAGAAGGCAAACAAACAAAUGACCUCAGAUUCAUUCACCCUGCACAACACAGAGAGCUCAAGUAUUCUGGCUCGUGGCCAGGGCACCAGUACAGAGAUCAGCAAACCCAAACCACUUUUGCAGAGGAGUCCAGAAGCGCGCUGCCCCUCCCCGGUCAGAAGCCGGGAGGCUCACCAAAAGCAGUGCUGACUCCAAAAUACUCAGACCCUCUCGUCUCGGAGGCUCACGCGCCCACGGAGUUAGCUCCCGGCGACCGAAACCAGAGGCCAAGUGCUCAUCACCUGAAAGGCCAAAUGUCCCUCAGCCCCUCCAGCAACAGUGCUUUCUCAAGGACUGCCUCCUGCGUAAGCCAGGCACCUGUUUCAAAAGCCGGGCCCAGUCAGGCCUGCGCCGAGGGCCGUGGCCACAGAGCCAGCCCCGUGCCCAGGGGCGACGUGGUGAAGGGGGAGACCACCGGCCCGUGCAACAGCAAACAGCUGUUUGGUCAGUUUCUCCUGAAGCCAGUUAGCCGCCGUCCCUGGGAUUUGAUUAGCCAGCUAGAGAGUUUUAACAAGGAGCUUCAGGAAGAGGAAGAGAGCAGUCCUAGCAGCAGCGACAGCAGCAGCGAGGACAGUGACACAGAGUGGCAGCCCGAAGGCCGUGCUGAGGCCACGGGCAAGCACUGGGGCUGCGGGGGAGACGGCCAGGCGUGGAGGGUUGAGGAGCCCGGGGCCAGGCCGGGAAGAGCCAAGAGUAAGUCCGAAAGCUGGAGCGAGGGGCAGAAGCCUGGCCGGCCUGGUGCCCGUGCUCAGUGCCCGGGCCCCGCGGAGGUGGAAGGAGGCCGGGGGGCGGUGGUGGCGGCACACGGAGGCCCGAUUGCCGAUGAGGGAAACCAGGAGGUGGAGCGCGCCCUGAACACCGAGCCAGCCGUCAGCCCAGGUCCUGUGAAGAGAGCGGCUUCCUCCAGGUCAGGUGACACAAAACCAGUGCCCUCAUCGGAUCCGGCCUCACUGAGGCAGCCCCCGGGAAGCCAGGCACUGCCCCGUGUUCCCAUUUCUGCCGAGCUGAGCCCAGCGACCCCUCGGAAGGCCGGUGGCGAGGAGGGGAGGAGCCCGCCGGUCCCGCUCGCUCUCGCCAGCAAACCCCGAGGGCUCUCGGCGCCGGACUUGAGGUCUGUGGGACUGACGCGGGCACAGGAGCAGAGCGCUGGGAAGUCAGAUGCGUCUUCAGGUGAAGCCAGUGCAAUAGAAAUCCCCCCAAAUGAGUCCCUUCAAGCAAGGGCUGCGAGGAUCCUGGGCAUCGAGGUGGCCGUGGAGUCCCUGCUGCCAGGCACCAGGAGAACGGGACAGGACCAGCACCCCGAGCAUGACGGAGGUGGCCGCGGGCCGGAGGCCCCCAGGGAGGAGCCUGGGUCCGGUUCACAGCUGGAUGACCCCGCAGCGUCCCCUGACGCCUUUUACGGCAGGAGAAAGUGCGGCUGGACCCAAAGCCCUCUCUUUGUAGGGGAAAGGGACAGCGCCCGUCGCGCUGCCCCGGCCGCUGAGCCCUCGGGUGCGGACGGGACUGUCCCCAGCAAGGCCCCCAGCCCCGAGCCUCAGUACAGUCCCCAAGAGUCCAGGUCCUUCAAUCCCAAGGACAUGGGGACAAAACCACCCUUCAAGUCCACCCUGUUCCAUUUUAUAGAAAGGACCCCAAAUAUGCCAGGCUCAGAAAAGAGGCUCAGAAGCACUUCCAAAGUGAUUGAAAGUUUACAAGAGAAACUGGCUUCGCCCCCUAGGAGAGCAGACCCCGGCCGCUUGAUGAGGAUGAAGGAGGUGAGCUCCGUGUCCCGGAUGAGGCUCCUGACCUCCCGGAGCGCUGACUCCACAGAGGAGGCCGAGGAACCGAAGGCCGAGAGGGACCCCGGGAUGCAGCCCGGAGGCCUGGUGUCUCUGAACGCCGGGGACCUGGCUCGGAAGGCCGGGCUCCCGCUCGUGGUCUCCAAGGGCGCCCUCCCGCCGGAAGAAGACAGUCGUCCAACGGCACACGGGGAGAAGAAGACCAUCCAUCAGGAUUUCUGGUGCCCAGCCCGUCAGCCCGACUUGCCCGUGUGUAAGCUGGAGACUACUGGCCCUUCGUGUACCGUAACAUCCUUUACCACUGCCACCGAGAACUUCGUCGUCCCCACGGAAUCGCUGUGUGGAAAUAAAGCAUUAGUCCGUUGAAACCAUCUGUUUUUAUAAUAUAAAGAGUGAAUGCCUGUAUUUGCAAAGGAGUCACAUAAACUCUCCUUCGUGACGGGUUUCGCCAAGCUGGUAGAUAGUUUGGUGUUAAUCUGGUUCUAUGUGAAAAUUCAAACGUGAACGAUUUUAAAAGGACUGUGAAUGUCGUAAAUUCCCCUCUGCGUCUCCACGGCCUGUGGUCCGCGCUUGCGUUAAGGAGUUUGGGACGUGGGCCAACUGCCCAGCGUCCCGGCGCUUUGAGUUUAGGGGAGACGUGAUGAAUACAUCUGACCCAUUUCUAAACAAUUUGGCCUUCUGCUGCUGCAAGUAACUCUGUUUAUAAGUAGCUUGCCAUCAGAGGAUAAGAGCGAUACCUUUUAACUUUCUAAAAGAUUAAAACUUGUACCAUAAUGUACUCAGAGUAUUAUUUAUCUGGCAGUGAAAUCCUUCGAUCACUCGCAAACAUGCCACUGUCUGCUUUGCACUCCGUACUAUUUUUAUGUUCUGUAUGGAUGUUUAGAAAUCCUUUAUAUGAGAAAUGACUGCUGGUUUAAAAUAGACCAUUUUAACAAAGUAACUCUAUUUCUUUUUACAAAAAUGCUAUUUUUCUAUGAUGUAAACAAUUGUGAGGUGGCAGAUUUUUAAGGAAGUAUUAUUUUAUUUAAGAGUCUGUAUCCCUUUGUGUGAGAGGAGCCCCCAAAAGGGCUCGGAUUUUGCUUUAAAGCACACGUCCCUUGCCCACUCACACCUCAGCCACUUUUAUUUUAUCUUAGAGAUGUCACUAUAGACAGUUUACAGGGUUAAUAAACUUUUCACGAAGAUGCUUUUGCAAAUGUAGCUGUAAGGUUAUAUUUGAAAAUAACCCUCUUAAAACCAGCCAACAUCCUUACAACUAUUUUUGCUGCCAUAUCCUCUAGGAUUACCAAAAAAACAUGGUUUCAUCUUGAUAGGUCCCAGGAUCAACCGUGGGACCAAACUUUCCUCCCCCUUCCCCCUGCUCCUCUAUGAAAUAUGUAUUUUUAUCUGGGAUGGUCCUUAAUUAUUAGUCUUGGCAUAUUUUUUAAAAGCGCUAGAGACAUUAUAUAUAUGCCAUCCCUGAAGUAUUACGAGGCCUAUGCAUUCUGCUGUGUUUACCGUUGCAGUAACGUGCACAGAGUUAAUGGGUCUUCAUGCUUCUGCCCCUCCUUUCUAAGUAAGGUGUUCUCGUUAGCGAACACUUCCUGAAUGGGUUCUUGUCGCCUUCCUUCCUCCUUCCCUUUCCUGUCCUUCCUUCCCCCCUCUCUCUGUCUCUCUCUCUCUCUCUUUUUUUUUUUUUUUUGAGAAACCACCUUAUCUAUUUUUAGACAUUUCAAAUUCCUAAAAUGUGAACUGUUGGGUGGUCUGCAAUUUGGCCCAAAAACACCUCCGACCGGGCUUUCAUGGCCCAUUUUUAUCUGUACCAUCUGAUCUGAUUUCCUAAGAACUUCAUGCAUUUGGACUGUAAUAAACAAUACAGAACCGAAGUCGUCCUGAGCAGUCGUCUCAAAUACGCUUCUCUGCAGUCUUGGUCCUUACCCAUUACCCCGAGUCUUCUACUUCCUUCCAGAUUUUGGCUCUUGUGAAAAGUUGUCGUGGGCUCUUGCUUUCCCCGCAAAGGACAUGGGCCAAGUCUCCGUGUUAGGAGUGGCAGAAACUUCUUCCCGGGAAAAGUUUUAAUGGGGAAGAGGUCACUCUGUUACGGUUGGUGAAUCUCUCAAGUCAUCUGAGAACUGAGGGGGGCCACAGGGAGGUCUUUGUGGGGGGGUUCUUCCCUCUGCAUUGCAGAUGGAAGAAGUUAUACGUGUAUAUAUAUACGUCCACAUAUAGGCACAUACAUAUAUCCAUAUGUAUUCACUCUGCUCUGACUUCCUCCUAAAUUUGCUGAUCCCAUCUAAAAACCUCUUGUAAUCAAAAUAAUUUGAGAUUUAGCUGACUCCUCAAGAGAAAGAAAAGGAUCCUGAAGAGAAAAAAAUAGAGUAACCUAUGUAGAUCACAAAGCAAAAUUUCUUUCAGUUUUUAUUUGAAAUUGUAUCAUCUUUCUGAAACCAUUCUGAAUUUAGCCACAAUUAUCAAUAUUUAUACUUUGAACCUUAACUUCUGGAUUCCAGCCUGUAUAUAAAUCUUUGGUGUGUGGCGAGGAGAACUUUGACAAUUUGACUUUUAAACUUGCAUAUUCUGAAGUAAAACAUUAUCUAAUCCAAAAUAGCUUUCCUGGAAGUUUUGAACUUAAUGCUGAUUAUUCUCUUAUUAUUACUGUUUCUCAUACAUAUAUAACUCUCCAUUAUUAUUUGUGGCUGGAAAAAACAAGUGUUCCUAUUUUGUGUUUGUCAUUGUUUUCUCGCACGGAUGCUAACUGGUCGUGUCUCGUACUUUGGGGCUUAUAAAAUUAAAAGCUAUAAUUUUGACCAUUUGGACUAAACGUUACAUGCGGCAUUGCAUAUGAAAUGUAUUUGUCUUUUUUGAUGUGCAAAGCAAGGGAAAGAAUGUUGGUAAUACAGCUCGAGUUCCCUUUUUUUGAAGACAAUUUCUAAAUUAUCGAAAACCAAGUAUCUUCAUUAUCCCAUUCAACCUUACGUUUCUGCAGACCGCAGAAAACCGCCCGCUAAUGGGGCACAGCUCCUGAGUGUGUCUUCAGAAUUCUUUUCCAUGCCGCUUGGAACAUGGAAUUCUUUAGAAGUCCCUUAAAACGCAUCUAGUCUCCGAGAUGCUGGUUUCCUCACUGAAGUCGUAGGUUAAGGUUUGGAUCCACGUGCAAAUUCGAAGUAGAACUUUUUCUGUUCUGUCGCACUGUUGGUGAAGUGUUGUUAACGUGGAGCUCAAAUGCGUAAUAACGUGGAUGGCUCCGGAACCAGACCCUGACUGCCUCCUGCAGCCGCAGAACGACUUCCUGUGAUGGCAGCUCGGCCUCGGGCUCCCGAGGAGGAAGGGCGAAGCCGAUCCGCUGUGGACACAACUGCUUCCCAGCUCUGAGCAGAAACGACUAAUGGAAAAUCUGAUUCAGCCACCACUUCAUCCAUGACCCCCUCUCCUGCCCCCCUCCCCGCCCCAGAGAUUGUGUUUGUGUGUUUUGGCUAUUUUGCUUUGUUUUGUUUUGUUUAAAAUGAUUAAGCAGUACACAAUGAAGUGUCAGGUUAGCAGCUCUUGGAAAGUGACCAGCAGAACUCCCACCGUCUAAAUAUCUGAGCUUUAGAGAAACACUCCCAGCUUCCCAAGUUCUUGCGAGCAGUGACUUUUGUGUCUGGACCAUUUUCUGCCAGAUCCAUCUGUGCUUAGGGGACGGAAUGAAGGGUGGGAGUGCGUCUCAGGCAGGGCUCGUAGGCCUGGGGGAGUUCUGCGUUUUCUUUUGCUUUUGUUUUUAACAGCAGAUUCUGUACAUCUGUUUGUAGGAGGAGAGUUGCUACUCAGGACAGGAUUUAAGAGACAGAUUCCAAGUGACCUUUAAGAGUCUGCGUGGUGGGAGGCCCUUUUCCAGGAGUGGGGGUUGGUCCACUUUGGGACCCACCGAGCGAAGAAGGAGGGGGAUGAUAAAGAAUAACACUAAAGAAAGAACACCCCACCCCCUAGCCUGCACGCUUUGUUUCAAAAAAAAAAAAAAAAAAAAAGAGGGUUAAGACUACAAUUCGGAUUGAGACCUCUUAGAAAGGUCGAUACGGUCUAGCAAUCUGCCCAUUGAAACAGUCCUUGGGUUCAUCAGCAGUGCGGAGAGGCGGGCAGAGUGCCUGCAGAUUCCUGGCUUUGACUUCCGAGAGCCCCUAUCACAGUUGUGUUUGUUAUAGAAGACAGGAAGGUCCUGAUUCUGUGGCCUCUGCUCAGUGACUGAAACUUGAACCCGAAGGCAAGUCCGGAUUGUCCAACCAUUCGUGGCAUUGCCUUGACUGGGAGUGAGGAGGAAACACUCCUCAUAAGAUCACCUGUCCCCUUUUCCAUACAGAAGUCAGGUCUGCUGGGGCCUGUGGCUAAGCUGAAGGAGCAAGACAUCUCUCUCCCGCUACCCUUCACUCCACCCUGUAGCAGGGCCAACAUGCGUGACACUCACUGUCACGGAGCAAGAGAGAGACAAGAGCAAGUUCAAGUUGAGAAGCAUAUGGCAGAAAUUAGAAAUGAAAACCAUAUGUCGGAGCCAGGGAGAAAAGCAGUAACCUACGGAUUAUAAAAAUCAAUGAAUUACUCCCCACUUGGGUCAGCUGAAAUUUGAGCCCUCACACUCAGGCCUGUCAGGAAUGCUAAGCAGAAGCAUCUCAAAAAAAAAAAGAAAGAAAGAAAGAAAGAAAGAAAA